AUGCCGACAGAAACAGCAGGUGCGACGCCGACUCCAGGCGCAACAUCAAAUGUUUAUGGCGGUCUGGAAGGACCUGAAUCUAUGUACUUGAAAUUGAUCUCAUCAGACGGUCAUGAGUUCGUUGUUCGUCGUGAUUUUGCUACGAGUGCAUCUCCGACAAUAAAAAACAUGCUUAGCGGUCCUGGCCAAUACUCAGAUACACAACCUAACGAAAUCUAUCUCAAAGAUAUUCCUUCCCAUGUUCUAAUAAAUGUUUGUCGGUAUUUUGCUUACAAAGCCAAAUAUACCAAUUCUUCGAUCGAUAUUCCUGAAUUUCCAAUUGAUACUCAUGUGGUAUUGGAAUUACUUGUUGCAUCUGAUUUUCUCGAUUGUUAA